AUGUCGGCCGAUCCAUUGGUUUCGCCUUUCGCUGGUUUCGCCUUUCGCAACCUCUCGGCCUUUGGCUACACCAAGGGCAGUGACUUUCAGAAGUCGACCGCUCCCCAGGCCCUGAUGGAUAUGUUGCGAGGUCGAGGUCUCUUGGGCAACAAAGGUCGAGGCAAUGGUUGGACGGAAACAUCGUGCUUUCUAGGCACUAUCUAUCAGCAGAUUCCCGUCCAAAUGAUGGUAGAGCAAACCUACUGGGAUCCGUCUCCUCUGGUCGCGUUCCAAUCCUUGCUGUCCCCAGAUUUCCAAGAGAGAACUCAGAAAGGUUCCGACGACGCGAUGCAGCCGGGCGAAAUGCUCGUCGUUCGUGGACCCCCUGGCCCCGGUUGUUCUACCUUUCUCAAGACCAUUACCGGCGAGACGUACGGCUUCAAUCUCGGUGAAGAUUCUUACAUCAACGACCAAGGCAUAAGCUACAAACAGACGCAUAACGAUUUCCGGGAGGCGACUUCCAUCCUUGAUCUCAUCGAUCUCAUCGAAAAUGAUUCUAAGCAACAAUCAUUGACACCGAGCAUGUCCUUUCCAGGAGCAAUUUCUUCCCUCCCCUCCGAUUCUGCCUUGCACCUUGGAUCGAUGUGUCCAUCACAGUACACCGACGUGGUUAUGGGGUCGAAAACCAGCCUCUGCGCCUUCUUGACCGACACGUCGAGGGCGAUCGAGUAUAAGGCUCUCCUCACAAUCUCGAUCGGAUAA